UGAGUUACAAGAUCAGACGGGCCUUUGGUCUGAUCUCACAGAACCCUUCCAAAGUUUGCGUGUGGUUUUUAAAUUCCUUCAUUUUGUUUUAGCUACCCACCUGCUGUCCUUGGCAAAUUGAAGUUCAAGCUCUUUCAAACGUUAUCUCUUCCUUUUCGUGCCAAUUGGACGUGGGGGCAAUGACUCGAGGUGAUGGAACAGGAAGCUCACCCAGCUCCCUGUGUUAAUGAAUUACAGAAGCCGAGGAUGGAAGCAAUAAUUUAUUCCCCUCAGAGCACCCCCUGCUCAAAUAGCGAGCCCCUGCCUUCACCCUAGCAAGAGGAUACUCCGCUGAGCCACUAUGAAGUUAAUUAUCAUCACACUGGUCUUGUACCUCUUCACAGGUGAGUAGAUGGUUACCUCAGUCUAGAGGGAAACUCUGAAGUCUCUUUUUUUGAGUGGGUGAGCUCCCUGCUUUCUCACAGACUUGGAACAUGGAGGUAUUAUGAUUUGGAAGAGCUAAAAGGAGUUGUGUCAUGUUUUGGAACAAUUUUGCUUAGCCCAAAGUUGCCUGGUUGGUUCUUCAAAGACUUUGGGCACAUUCCAAAUUGGUCCAGAGGUUACCUAUCUCUUCUCGGAUCAAUAAUAUUGGCAGAAGUAUCAGGCUUUUGGGUUGCACAUGCUCUCUGAAGAACAUGGUCCAACUCUGAAACCUGCCACAAACAAACAAUAUACAGAAAAACCAAUGAGAUAGGACUAUGGAGUAAGCUUCAGAAAGCUUGAGUCGGUUAUCAGUUUGGAUCCCCUUACUCAAAGGCAACCAGGAGAACAGCAAAUAAACCUUUAUAGGAUUAUUCCAUUUUAUCUUUCCAAUAAGGUACGUUAGGCUGAGAAACUGUGACCUGGCUAAGACCAUUCCAUGAACUUCAUAGCUGAGAGAAGGGUUUGAAGUCCAAUAUAUUACCCACUAUAGCAUGGGCGAGUGGCGCUGUGGUCUAAACCACAGAGCCUAGGGCUUGCCGAUCAGAAGGUCAGCAGUUUGAAUCCCCGCGACGGGGUGAGCUCCCGUUGCUCGGUCCCUGCUCCUGCCCACCUAGCAGUUUGAAAACACGUCAAAGUGCAACUAGAUAAAUAGGUACCGCUCCGGCGGGAACGUAAAUGGAGUUUCCGUGCCCUGCUCUGUUUCGCCAGAAGCGGCUUAGUCAUGCUGGCCACAUGACCCGGAAGCUGUCUGCGGACAAACGCCGGUUCCCUCGGCCUAUAGAGUUAGAUGAGUGCGCAACCCCAGAGUCGUCCGCGACUGGACUUAACAGUCAGGGGUCCCUUUACCUUUAUAGCAUGGGCAAAUAAAGACAUAAUCUCCAGACUCAUGCCAGCACCAUACCCAGUAGAAGCCACAGUGAUCUAUUUCCACUUUUCAUUAUUAGAUAUCUAUUUCACGUGCAAAGGGUUCAAAUACCUACAGCGUAAGCAAGCCAGCCAUUAUGAUCUCACUCCCUCAUGUACCUGUGUUCAAAUGAACAUAUGAAAUGUGCUGAAAUCUUCUUUUAACCUUAAGACUGGAGAUACAGAUCCAAUCAGAUCUGGGCCGAGGUGCAGAAUAAGGUUAUGCUGUUUUCAAGCAUAUCCCUUGUAAUGUGUUGUUUGGCCUUGAGAGUAACUCACUUACGCAACUCAGAGUUCCUGGAAGGGAGGCAGAGGCACCAAUAUAGUGGUACCUCAGGUUACAUACGCUUCAGGUUACACACUCCACUAACCUAGAAAUAGUGCUUCAGGUUAAGAACUUUGCUUCAGGAUAAGAACAGAAAUCGGGCUCCAGUGGUGCGGCGGCAGCAGGAGGCCCCAUUAGCUAAAGUGGUGCUUCUGGUUAAGAACAGUUUCAGGUUAAGUACGGACCUCUGGAACGAAUUAAGUACUUAACCCGAGGUACCACUGUAUAACAAAAUGAGGAAACAAUGUCAGCUUUGUAACACCACAACAUUGCAUCAGAUGCAGAACACACAAACUGAUUAAAAUAAAUACUAUUUACGGUUGUCAACAGCUUUGUCUCAUGCACCACAAAACAAAUCAUUAAGCUGCUGGUCUAAGUCUGCAUAUAUAGAUGUUUAAAAACACAGGAAUGUGGUGUGCGUUCAAAAUCUGAAACAUUACCAAGACAGAUACAAAGAUCCAUUUCUCAGCAUCAAGCAACAAAUAAUGCAGGAGAUCCAUAAGUCCUGACUUUUUAUAGAAGGCUAAAAAGUAGCUGAGAAGGGGGUUUGGUGAACUGGAUCAGGGCCAUGGCACUGGAAAGAAGGUGGAGUUAACAACAACAACAACCCCCGCAACGUAUUAGCCGGGGGGGGGGGGCUGAGGAGAGGCAGGCACAAUAUUUUAAUUAUGUUUUCUCAAAUUAGGUAAAGGUAAAGGGUAAAGGGACCCCUGACAAUUAAGUCCAGUCGCGAACAACUCUGGAGUUGCGGCGCUCAUCUCGCUUUACAGGCUGCAGACAGUUUUUCUGGGUCAUGUGGCCAGUAUGACUAAGCAACUUUUGGCGAAACCAGAGCAGCGCACGGAAACGCCCUAUACCUUCCCACCAGAGCGGUACCUAUUUAUCUACUUGCACUGGCAUGCUUUCGAACUGCUACUUUGGCAGGAGCUGGGAACGAACAACAGGAGCUCACCCCGUGGCGGGGAUUCGAACCGCCGACCUUUCGAUCGGCAAGCCCAAGCAGCACAGUGGUUUAACCCACAGCAUAAAUUGGGCCCCAAACUCACCACCUAAGGGUAGGUCUCCAACUCACCUCAUGAUCAAGCCAGGAUUGCCCAUUUCCUUCUUGCUGCUCCAGGCUCCAAAAUUCUAGAUUUGGGUUUGCUUAAGCAGAGUCCAUUCUGCAAAUCACGUUGUGCUUUUUUUAGGGUCAAUAGCCUAGGCCUGUGUAGAUCUAAUCUCUUCCUUUGAUGCUUUGACAGCACAACUGUGUGGGGAUGGCUGGUGGGGAAAUAAUCAUGACGUCUUCGGUAGUAGUUAUCUUGGUAACCUAAAGUACCCUUUCAGCUUAAAUUUCUCUUAAGAAGAGCAGAUCCCCACAGUUCCUGUAUGAAUUCUGCAGCACACAGCAGGAACCACAGGCAAAAUAUUCAGAAAAAGCACAGGAACCUUUUUUUGAUGUGACCUAUGCCAAAAGUCAAGGGACGCAGGUGGCGCUGUGGGUUAAACCACAGAGCCUAGGAUUUGCCUAUUAGAAGGUCGGCGGUUUGAAUUGCCGCGAUGGGGUGAGCUCCCGUUGCUCGGUCCCUGCUCCUGCCAACCUAGCAGUUCGAAAGUACGAACUCUGGCGGGAAGGUAAACAGCGUUUCCGUGCGCUGCUCUGGUUCGCCAGAAACGGCUUAGUCAGUAAAGGCCAGUAAAGCGAGAUGAGCGCCGCAACCCCAGAGUCGGUCACGACUGGACCUAAUGGUCAGGGGUCCCUUUACCUUUACCUUAUGCCAAAAGUCAAGUUACCCAGCCAUUCCCACCCCCCGCAAUGGGACUAGGAAUUUGAUUUGCAAUAGUACCGUGUUAAAAUAAUAUCACCAUAUGAGUUCUGGCUAACAACAGCUUGUAUGCUUCUUUGAAUGAGGCAAUGAGAACGCAUAUGAUUGGAGGAAAUUGUAAUGCUUUGUGUAAGAAACCUAUAAAGAACCCCUCUUCCAGGGCGUUUGGGUGGGGUUCAACCUUUGUAGAGCGAUCCUGCUGAAACUCUUACUGCAGUAAAUAAAUUUUCGGGAUUCUUUCUUCAACCCAACUCACUAGUAGUUAAUGGUGCAAGUUGUGGCAGCAGAUUUGCCUUUCAACAUUUUGGCGACCUUGGCAGGACAGAGGGGCCCGGGCAGCUACCUCCUUGGUCCACGAGGGCCACGAUCUGAUAUCUCGGAUAGGCCAGCGCGCGCCAGAGUUUACCAGGACCACAGCCGCCCCACCUUACUUCCUGCGCAACAAGACGUGAUGCAGAUGUUCUGCUUCUUUUCCCAGGCCAUUCGACUUUUGCCCAAAUGGAUAAAGGAGUCUCCAGGUUGGAGCAGUUAAAGCACGACCUCACUAAACUCCUGGGAAAGGUCAGCGAGAAAGCAUGGGAUAAAUUGAACUUUGUCAGAAGAUCGAGGCUCGGACAAGAACUGAGGUAAGCAGAUCCGUCUCCUUUCCCCCAAUUUAAGGGAUUGGGGACAUUAACUAGGGACUUCACGGACUGCAGCUUUGAGAAGGCUGACAGGAUUUCUUCUUUGCUAGAUUUUCCUUUGCAAGGAUGUGAAGCCUGGGAGCUAACUGUGGUCCUCCAUACCUCUCUAUCUGGCCCUUGGGGCACACUCUCUAGGUCACAUGUCUGCCCCAGUUACACCCUUUCCCCACAGGCCAUACACUUCACCAACUUUGUGUCGCUUCCUCCUGGUCGGAGAGCUUUUGCAUGGCUGGAAUAAGUCUCCCUGACUCUGCUAAUGCCUCUUGCUUGGAUUGCUGGGAUAUAGACUGCAAAGUCUGAGUGUGUGUAGAAAUGGUAGCCUACUGCACAAAAGGGAAAAUUUACAUUCGUAGUUGGCACAAACUUUUGCCUCUAGGCCUGGCCACCACUGAAAGGUGGUCCCAGAAAAAUUGCCCAGAAUGAAGUAUAUAGCCUUUGGGGCCUAAAAGGUUACCCCACACCCCACCCCGCUCUUACUUCCUCUUCUACUUUGUUAAUUUUUUCAUUCUAGGAAUUUAUGAAAUGUCCUUAAAAGUGUAACAUGAAGGCUGUCUCCCCAAUUCUGGAAUAUCUCGCCCAGUGAGGGAAGUUUGCCUCCUUUGUUUGUUUGUUUAUUAUGCCACUUUUCCUCUGAAGUGCAACUUCAUGUGUGUAACUUUAAUCCCACAACAAUCUUGCGAGGUAGAUUGGGUCCUUGUCUGGCCCAAGGUCACCCAGUGAGCUUCAUGACUGACUGGGGUUCUGACUCCUUGUGGAAUAAAUGAAUGAAAAUGAGUUUUAUUCUUAGAGAAGGAAUGGUGAGGAUGACCAUGCCUGCCUUAAGUCCAAUUCUGUGAACAAAGAGGUUCAAAACAGCCCAAAAGAAGGGCCCCUUUGCAGAACUGUUUAUCUGCAUGUUUUACAUUGCUGGAGACACUGCAAAUGAGACAAAGCAAAUGUUUGACAAGCUAGAAUCCUCCCUAAGAGGAUUCUUUCUGCUAGAAUGUACAAUUAAGUAAGGAAUGUGUUAGAAGUAGAUCGAUAGCCUAUGCCAAGGGGUGCCCAAACGUUUUUCAGAGAGGGCCAGAUUUGAUGAAGUGAACGUGUGUGAGGGCCGACCAAAAUUGUUGACCCUUUUUUAGGGUUUUACCUCAGGAAAUGAACUGCCACAGGGGCCGGAUUGAACCAACCGGCAGGCUGGAUUAGGCCCCCAAAACGGACUUUGGACAUACCUGCCUCCUGAUUUAUGAGGGCUGGAUGACUUGAAAACACACCCCUGUUGACGAAACUGCUAAUUUAGAUGGGCGUGGGAUGUAUAUAAAGGAGGGGGGACAUAUUAGGGUAAUAUUAGGGAGUAGGCAUGAAAUGGGUGUUUAGGGAAACCUGUAAACUACAAUUUCUUAACCAAUACGGAUAUUCGAAGGGUUUUAGGGUAUAAAUUGUCUGUGAUGAGACCUGGAAUGCGCAAUCCCCUCUUUACAGCAUGAGCUGGGGGCGGGGGGGGGUGUUGCCCACAGUACUGUGUCGACCAGCUUAUGCCUGAUUGUGGUGUAGACUCCUUCUUUCAAAGAGAAAUUUGAAUCCAUCUGGGAAAGGUCCCUGGGACAGAUUUGUCCAACACUCCCCCCUCCCCGAUCCUAAUCCAGUAUUCUAAACCAGGGGUCCCCAAACUAAGGCCUGCGGGACAGAUAAGGCCCAAGGGACUCGUUUAUCUGGCCCACGGCAACCCCCGCUGCCGCCGCCCACUCUUACUGGCGCUGCGCGGCUGCCCACUUCUGGGUUGGAGGAGCACCGGAAAUAGCUUGUGAGCAUGCGCGUUAUUUGCGCAUGUGCAAGCAUUAUUUCCAAUGCACAUCCAGGUUGGAGGAGGCCCGUGCACAUGCGCACAAGCUAUUUCUGGUGCUCCUUCGACCCGGAAGUGCGCCGGAAAUAGCAUGUGUGCACGCGUAUGGGCACGCGCUCCUCUGGCCUGCCACGCGAUCAGUGCUGGAGACACAGGCCCAAGGGGUGGUAAGUUUGCUGACACCUGUUCUAAACACUCUACCACAUUGGCUCUGUAUCCCACUCACAACGUUCUAUGCCUUCUGAACCCCCACAGAAUCUUGUUUCGCGAUGAUGUUGCAAAACUGCGCAAGUACAUCCAGGACCUGCAGGCUGAUCUGCCGCCCGAAAUCACACAGGCCUACCACGCGGCAGUUCAGUUGUCUGGGCACGCUCUGGUGGGCGCCAGCUGUAACCUAGCUGUGUUACGGUCUGCCACAGAAGAGCUCUACGAAGGGCUGGAAUCCCUAGUGACUUUCUACGCCAGCCCCGUCGCGGAGAAGUUGAGACCGCACACGCAGGUCCUGAGAAAUAUGGUCGUCCCCAAGGUGCAGGAGCUGGAGGAGAAGCUGAAGCAGCAAGUGGAAGAAAAGGGGCCUGAGCUGAUCCCUUACGCGCGGAAGCUUCACCGCCAGUUGCACGAAUACCAGAGGUCCCUAGAGCCUUAUGCCAACCAGGCCCAGGAGAAGAUCAAGCUGGGCAUAGAGACAUUCAGCCAGACCAUGCAGCGCUACGUCACCCCACUUAUGGAGGCAAUCAAAAAACGCAUCACAGACUCUUAAGAGGUGGGGCUGACAUACCCCCAGUGCUUUCCCCAGAUCUCUGAAGCUUCUCAUAAGCAAUGGAGGAUGGAACCUUGGCCAAACUCUUUGAAACAGAACGGGUCAAAAAAAGGGAAGCGACUGGAUUGAGUGUUCUCAGCAAUUUGGGGUGGGGAGCAGAGGCUGUUGGUGAUAUCUUCCCUCCCCCAAACCAUGUAAUAAAGGAGCUGUCCCUAAUGAUGCUGGUUUAGGGCUGUGUUUAUGUCUUAAUGUUUUCUGAAAAUAAUCUUAUUGCAUUUGUAUAUAAUAAUAUAAAUGGAGAAAAUGUUGUUACUUGUUAUAAUAUAAAAUCAUAUUAUAAUAUAUGAAUAUAUUAUGAAUAAUAUGAAUAUAUAUAUAUAUUAUAAUAUAAUCAGGCUC